AUGUACAUAGCAGACUCAGAACGCGUACAAGCUUAUAACAAACACUUCAUCCCUCUCGAGUCAAAUCCAGAUGUAUUCACUGAGCUUGCACAUAAGCUCGGGCUAUCCACCUCACUAGGCUUCCAAGAUGUACUCUCUCUAGACGACCCGGAGCUACUUGGCUUUCUUCCACGGCCAGCCCUUGCAUUGAUCCUGGUGUUUCCGACGACAGACGAAUACGAGAGGAGGGUACAAGACGAGGAUGCCAAGCUUGGGGAACUCCAAAGCUCUGGCGAUGUGGUGUUCUUCAAACAAACCAUUAACAAUGCAUGCGGUCUUUAUGCAAUCUUGCACGCUGUUUGUAAUGGCGAAGCGCGGCAGAAGAUCAACAGUGGCUCGAUCAUUGAUCAGUUACUCAAUGCCAGUCUAACACCCGACUCAGACGAGCUGGCUCACGCAUUGGAGAAGAAUGAAGGGCUAGAAGUUGCAUAUGCGGGAGUAGCAAUCAAGGGCGAUACUGAAGCGCCUCUCAAUGCGGAGGACGAGGUGGACUACCACUAUAUCGCCUUUGUCAAAUCGUCCAAAGACAACCAUCUACACCAACUCGACGGCGACCGUAAACGUCCUAUAGAUCUCGGGGAACUCCCUGCAGACGAAGACGUUCUCUCUGAGAAAUGUCUCAGCGUCAUUCAUGGUAUGAUGGCAAGCGAAGAUGACAAUCUCAACUUCAGCUUGAUGGCUCUAGUAGAGCAAGCGGGAAUGUAG